GGAAGGGAGACGGUCGCUUUCGGGAAUCAGGGCGAGUUCGCACGCACCCGCCCGCGCCGCUGCUACUCCCUAUAUAACGGGAGCCCGGCAGCAGCGAGCCGUCAUCGUAUAUACUCGGAGUAGCACGCGUCGGCAGGGGGAAGAAUAUUUUGGAUUUUGGAGGAGACGAUCGAGGCCAGGCAAUGGAGAAGCCCAGGCAGGUGGUGAGGAAGUUCCUGGCCCGGCCGCAGCACGAGGGCGCCGGCGCCGUCGUUCGCCGCAGCAUCGGGAGGUUCGAGCUGAGGUACUUCGACCCUUUCCUGGUCCUGGAUGAGUUCUCAGUUUCUGCUCCGGCUGGGUUCCCCGACCAUCCACACAGAGGUUUUGAGACGGUCACGUACAUGCUUGAGGGAGCCGUGACGCACGAGGACUUCGAGGGCCACCGCGGCACGAUCAAGGCCGGCGACGUGCAGUGGAUGACGGCCGGCCGCGGCAUCGUGCACUCCGAGAUGCCCGCCGCCCCCGGCACCUCCAGGGGCCUGCAGCUCUGGGUCAACCUCUCCUCCCAAAACAAAAUGAUCGAGCCGAGGUACCAGGAGAUGCAGAGCAAGGACAUCGCCUCCACGACGUCGUCCGACGGCGUGACGGUGCGCGUGGUGGCCGGGCAUUCCAUGGGCGCGCGGUCGCCGGUGUGCACGCGGACGCCGACCAUGUACCUGGACUUCACGGUGCGCCCGCACGCGGCGGCGCGGCAGCCCGUGCCGGCGUCGUGGAACGCGUUCGCGUACGUGCUGGAGGGCGAGGGCGUCUUCGCAGGGGGAGGAGCCGCCGAGGCCGCCGACAGCAGCAGCAGCAGCAAGGCGGGGCCGCACCACCUGCUGCUGCUGGGGCUGCAGGGAGACGGCGUGGAGGUGUGGAACAAGUCGGACAAGCCGCUCCCGUUCCUGCUCAUCGCCGGCGAGCCCAUCGGCGAGCCCGUGGUGCAGCUGGGGCCCUUCGUCAUGAACACCGAGGAGGAGAUCGACGCGGCCGUGAAUGACUUCGAGUACUGCGUCAAUGGGUUCGAGAAGGCCAAGCAUUGGAAGUCGCAGGCGAUGGUUGCGCUCGAAGUGGAGUAGGGCGAAACAAUGGCGCGAACUACACGCACAUUUCUUGUUCUUUCUUUCUUUCUUUCUUCCGAACAUCAGUGGUCGACUUUGUGUACAUAGCCGCCCUAACGGUUUAUUAAAUUCAAAUUUUUAAUGAAAAAGUGAUUUUCACCCAA